GGUCCCGACUCGUUGACAGUUUUUUGUUAAACAAACAAAAACAAUCGUUCUUGGUUUUUCCUGUUUCCAACUCAAAUUAAAUUGCUCUCUUUACGUAGUUUUAGUUACCGAUAAAUUUGUGUUACUACGUUUUAAUAGUUCAUGAGUGAUUAGUGAUCAUAAGAUUUCCAAGGCAGAAGAUAAAUUCGGUUGGAAAGAGAAUAAAAUCGCACUACAGGCUUUAUAAAUGGACAAAAGUUGUGAGAUAAUCGAUUUGUGCGUCAAAUCCGAAAAAUCUGAUGAUACAUCCACGACAAUUCCUUUUGAGACGAAUUCAGAUGUAGAUGCACAACCGCAAGUCCCUGAAAUAGUUGAAAAUGAGAUAUGCAAUAUAAACGGCACUAGUAACAGAGAACGUACCGAACAGUGGAUACACGAACAAACCACUAUCAUACCUCCUCCACUACCACCCAUCGAAAGUUAUCCGUUGGAAAAUCCAAUCUGCAGCAUAAACAAUCGUAUAAAACGAGAUUACACUGAGCAGUGGGUAACCGAACAGAGAACUAUUGUUACUACUCCGCCUAAGCCGCUUUUAACCGAAGGCUCACUCGAGCAAACGACGGCUUUGGAAACUCACGGUCAGGAUGUAGUUGGAGCGAUUCCCAUCGAAAUCACUGAACUGGUCAACAAGGAGUGUGCCAUAAAGCUAAUCAACCAUUUAGUCAUCUACGCCUUCACUAAAGUAACUGAGGCUGAUUUACACAGAAAAUUGAUCUCCGUCACCCCCGAUAUAGAUCCUCAGAUUAAUUACCGCACCAAUAUUGGGUUUCGGUGCGUCUACGAACGCUGUGUGGUGCUCUUCUAUGAAGCGCUGCUGGAUCUGACUGAAAUAUUGCAUAAUUUUACUCCGCCACAUCAGGAAAUCGUUAUCUUGUGGAUGUACAACACGGUCGAAAACAUAACCAAGGCCCACGGCGUAGAUAGCAGUUUCAUGCGGCGGGAAAGGUACCUCGAAGUCCUGCUGAGAGAUUUCUCAAACAGCCAGAGUGAGAUUCCAGAUCCGAGAAACAUCUUCUUCAACAUCUGCCGUAAAAUGCAGCCAACAACCAUGGUGCCAGUCGGAAACCAGGGCCCAACGAUGACCUCUGAAGGACCCCCAAAGCCGAAAAGGACGAGGCGACCUCGAACCAGAAAACCCAAGCAGACAGUAUAGAUAAAUACCUAUAGUUCUUAAGAGUGACUAAAUGAUUGAGAUUAAACGGGAUGAACGCAAAUGUGCAACAUGUGAAACCAUAACUCUGCCUUAUAGGAACAAAGUUGUAUUAGUACUUAGCAUAGCAAAUUAUUUGAAUUAACAAAUGCCUAAGAUUAGUUUUAAACAUCGUAAGUCACACCAUGACUGGUAUGAAUUCUUUCCAAUAUCUUUGUAUUUACAAAGUUUUAUAAUAAAAUCCUUUUCUUUCUUUCUAAAA